GUCGCUAUGUUGCGCCGCCGCACCGGGAAGGACGACGCCUCGUCCCGGGACGACAGCAACAAACCAAGCACCCAGCCACAAUCGGAGGAGGAUCGCCUUCGAGCUGAAUUUCAUGGCGCCAAGGUCAAGCAGUUGGUUAUACAACCAGCUCCACGUCGAAGUAAACGUCGCAAUGGGUUUAUAUUCGUGUUGGGCGGAUUGUUCGGCGUGUUGAUUGCUGUGUUCUUCGCGAACCAGCAGGAGGUCAUAAGCUUGGAGUCCUUGUUGGACUUGAACCUUGAAUCUUUGAUCGAUGUCAUCCCACAGGGAAUUGUCCGCGAUGCGAGAGAGUUCUCGCAACACGAACGCGAUGCCGUCAACUACGAUUCAUUCUCCGUUGGUCUCCACCUACAAUCGCAAGGUGUUGAGGCUAAGCACCCAGUCGUGAUGAUACCUGGAGUCAUUUCCACCGGACUUGAGAGCUGGGGGACAGGAGACAGCUCCCGCCAAUACUUCCGACGGAGGUUAUGGGGUAGUUGGAGCAUGAUGCGUGCUCUGGUUAUGGAUAAAGCAGAAUGGAAGAAUCACAUCAUGCUCGAUCGUGAGACUGGCUUGGAUCCACCUGGAAUCAAGCUUCGAGCAGCGCAGGGCUUCGACGCCACGGACUUCUUUAUCACGGGCUACUGGAUCUGGAAUAAGAUCCUGGAGAACUUGGCUACGAUCGGGUAUGACCCAACGAACGCCUUUACAGCUGCUUAUGACUGGCGGCUCUCAUAUCCGAAUUUGGAAGUUCGAGACAAGUAUUUCAGCCGACUUAAAUCCUAUAUCGAGACCGCUGUUGAGGUCCAGGGCCAAAAAAUUACUCUGACAUCCCACAGUAUGGGGUCGCAAGUUGUUCUCUACUUCUUCAAGUGGGUCGAGAGCGAUGAUCAUGGAAAGGGUGGUAAGGACUGGGUCAAUAAACACAUCGACUCAUGGAUCAACAUUAGCGGCUGCAUGCUCGGCGCUGUCAAGGGUCUAACAGCUGUGCUAUCGGGCGAGAUGCGUGAUACGGCACAGUUGAACGCCUUUGCGGUGUAUGGACUGGAGAAGUUCCUCUCCAAGGAGGAGCGCGCGGAGAUCUUCCGCGCAAUGCCAGGUAUCUCUAGCAUGCUGCCCAAGGGCGGCGAGGCUGUUUGGGGCAACGCAACCUGGGCUCCAGAUGACCAGCCGGGCCAGGACCAAACUUUUGGAAAUCUUUUGAACUUCCGUGAGACGAACUCGUCGCUGACGCAGCGGAAUCUCACUGCCCCGCAGAGUCUGCAGUACCUGUUCGACCAGAGUGAGGACUGGUACCGUAACCAAGUGCUGGGAAGCUACUCGCAUGGCGUUGCCCACACAGCUGCUGAAGUCGAAGCUAACGAGAAAGACCCACGAACGUGGCUCAACCCACUUGAGGCUCGUCUGCCUCUUGCCCCAGAUAUGAAGAUCUACUGCUUCUACGGUGUGGGCAAGCCCACCGAGCGUAGCUAUUGGUACCAGGAGGAGAAUGAUCCUCUGGUCAACUUGAAUGUUAGCAUUGAUACCACAGUCACUCUGAAUGAACACGUCGAUCACGGCGUGGUCAUGGGUGAAGGCGAUGGCACAGUCAAUCUCCUUAGCACGGGAUACAUGUGUGCCAAAGGUUGGCGCAUGAAGCGAUAUAACCCAGCCGGGUCUAAGAUUAAGGUCUUUGAGAUGCCCCAUGAACCAGACCGCUUCUCCCCUCGAGGCGGGCCUAACACUGGUGAUCAUGUCGAUAUCCUUGGCCGUGCCUCGUUGAAUGACCUUAUUCUCCGAGUAGCUGGUGGAAAGGGUGACGACAUCGAAGAAACUUUUUUCUCCAAUAUCCGCCAGUACGCGGAUCGUGUACAAAUCUUUGAUGACGAAUAG